AUGCAAUUCAACCAAGGUAUCCAUGUCAGACUUGAGAAGGAUUGGUAUGCGAUAUAUAUCCAGAGACUGUUAGUGUACUCCGUCGAAGGCAAGGACUUGCAGACUCACCCGCGCAUGAAGGACACUUUCCAGGUUGGGGUUCGCAUGACUCGUGGUCCGAAGACUGGCCUGAAGGACGCGAAAGACAUCGCCAAUGGAUGCCGAGUGGGCCAAGGGAAGCGCAUAUACCGCGGAAGUGAUCCUAGCUAUCUGGUCACCUUUUGGUUUAUGAACCCUCUUCCCAAGUUCGAGUACUCCGCCGCGGUCAAGGACCAUACACCACCGUUUCAUCAAUACUUGGAUGAGAAUGACGAGCCCGUGAUCAACCUCGACCUACCCACCAUCGACGUAAUCGGCAACGGCAUAUACAGGCGGUAUCCCACGGUGACGGACCGGGACGACAAGAAAGUCGAGACGGGUAAGAAGACGUACUUCAACAUGCCAAAGACAACUAUGUGGGAUUCCAUCAAGACCUUCCACAUCACAUACGGUGUUCACAUUGCACGCAAGAUGCAAUUCAAUCAAGAUAUCCAUGUCAGAACGGCAAGGCCUUACAACGAGAUCCGUACCGGGCAGAAGCCAAUGACUCUAUUACACAGACUUGAGAAGGAUUGGCCAGAGACUGCCAGUGACACUUUCCAGAUUAGCAAUCUUAUAACUCGUGAUCCGGCAACUGGCCUGAAGGAUGCUAGCCCUCCAGAUCGCACGACCGUCCUGUUCGACAUAUGCAACGGCGACCGUGCACAAGAAAAAGAGCACGAAACGAUCGAGGAGCAUAUCUGCUACGGCCGUGUCGACAACAUGGGAGGGAAAUCCUUUCUCGAAAAGACCAAGACAGAGUUCUGUGCCUUGUUGACCAUACCGAGACGCUUCAAGACGCCCUCAUGCGAUGAUUUCCGAUGCCACCAACCAUGA